GGUUUGUACCGUUGUCAUCGUAGGAAAGUUGGGCAAACUUUCGCGAGGUCAUCUAAUCGUUUUAAUAAAAAUAAUAACAGCAAUAAUAUUAAUAAUAAUAGUUCGGUGGGUUUGUCUCAUUUACGACGUUUUUAGGUGAAUCUGAAAGCAUCGCUAUUUGAUCAACUGGUUGUUUUUCACGAUCAAGUGCUUCACUUUUUCGUGCCUCACUUCAGUCAAACAGCAGAGCAUGGCGUCCUCGUCCGUCACCACGGUAGGCGGCCUAGUGAUCGUCACUCAGGUCAUCCCUCAAGAUGAAACUUCCAUCCCGCUCCAGACGCCCGGGAGCACCGCUGCACAGGCCCCGCCCCCUGUGUCUCCCACCAAUAUGGAUGAGGCGCCUAAAACAGACCUGCAAGGGGCGCUGCCGGGCCUCGGGGCGGUGCAGGUGGCCAUCGGGCUGCUGUGUGUUCUCUUCAGCUUGAUCGCCACCUUCUCUCCUUACCUGAUGCUCCACGUGGCGUUCUGCGGCGGUGUGUCGUUUGUGGUUUCGGGUUGCCUGGCGGUGGCAGCGAGGAGGCGGGCUGCGGUGACACCGAUGUGGGCAUGCUUGGUGUCAAACGGCAUCAGUGUGCUGCUCAGCCUCAUGGGCGUGGCCUACCUCUGUUUGCUGCUGAGCGGCGCCCACCCAUCAGAGGGAAUUUGCGGCAGCCUCAGCAAGGAGAACUGGUGCGUCAGUCGGCUUUGGGUGCUGGACAUGGUCUUGGCGGGCCUGGAUGGUCUCUUCCUGGUUCUGCUUGUCCUGCAGGGGUGCGUCUCUGUCGCCGCCUGUGUCUUUGCCGCCAUCGGCAUCAGGCAACACCGCCGCUACACGGCCCUCACGAUCGAGGAGCGCAGUGAUGGGAAUGAAGCGGUGCCGCCACAGUCACCGUGACAACAGACAAAACUAUACCUGUAAUGGGGGCAUUCGAACGUACUAUAUCCCACCCUCUUCCUGCUUAGCCACGACUGAUAACUGUCGGUCACUUCUUUGAGAUUGCGUGUAUGUGUAUGUAUAUGUGAGCGCACUAAAUGGGCAGGUGCCUCUGCACGAACCAUGAGUGAGCGACAGCCGUUAAACACCACUCCCUAUUUUCGAGCUGAACAAAAAAUGUCAUUGUAAUUGUGAACACUGUAGACCUGGGGUCGGCAUCCUUUACCACCAAAAGAGCCAUUUUGCCUCCCCUUUCAGUAAAAAAAAAAAUAGUCGGGAGCCAAAAAACAUUACACAACUUAAUAAAUAAACUUGUUACAACCACAAAAUUCAUCAAACAGAAGUGCGCCUACAUUUGUAGGCCUACUCUGACACCAGUCAAACACUUGACUCUGUAAGUCUUACUGAGUGGUUCCCAUAUUUGUGUAAAAGUAAAACAAAAUGUAAUGUAAUCUUUGCAAAGAGAGGCAUACUUUAAUUGUCUCAAUCAUUUCCUGUUUAUUUUUUAUUGGGAGAAUAGAUGUGCUGAUAUUUUUAUGAACGAUUCUUUCAUGUAUUCUCCAUCUGUGAAGGGCUUCCCAUAUCAUGUGCAGCCCAGUGGCAAUUUUCUGGCUAAAUCUGGUUACUUUCCAAACUCUCUUGGUGUCUUAUUUUCUCAAAAAUAAGCGACUAGCGACAAAUGCAAAGACUCCUUCUGACGUCGCUAGGAGAUUUUUCUGGUAUUAGCGUGUCACGGGCUCCGAGCACGUAGCUACAGCGCGCUUCUUGUUAUAAAACAUAUUUCUAUGCUCUUGUUAAAUUGAUUUAUUUUACUGUGCUGUAACUUGCUUCAGACUCAACUCAAAACUCCCUCACCUUUUUUCUCUCCUGUGAAGUGAGACUCACCGCAUACACUAGCCUAGGUCCCCCUCUCUUGCUCAUCCAAUCAGCAGUCAGAAUGCAGUCUAAAUACGUUCACGGACUUGCAGUGCAUCGGAUAUUUAAUUUUUUUUUUUUUUAAAUGGACAUAUACCUUACUUCGAUGUUGAAAAAAAUCACUGCAAAGGGAGCCGCAUCAAGGAAGCUGAAGAGCCACGGGUUGCCGACCCAUGCUGUAGACAUUAUUAGUACAAUCUGUUCUUUGGAACCAAAACUUUUGGUAACAUAUGCCCUCCGUGGCAGACGUCUCUGUGACACUCUCUUGAUAUGCCAGCGGGUGGUGGUGUUUUUUGUGUGAAAACUGCAGCCAAGGAGGGAUAGCACCUUUCUGUCGCAAUGCCAGUCAUGAGCUCAUUCCUGACAUGUAACCACUUCAUUAAACUCAUUCAACGUCUGUCGUUGACCACACCAA